CGUGCCAUUAGCCAGCUAGCCUCGGGUAGCUAGCAGUCAGUGUAGUUCUCCUGUGUGUUGGAUGAGGCGUGGAGGAAAAAGGAGAUGUGGUCCUUUUUUGCCAGGGAUCCUGUCAAAGACUUUGCUUAUGAAAUUCUCCCAGACACCCAGGAGAAGUCUGGAAUAUGGACUCUACACCGUGGGAAGAGAAAGACCAAUGGAGAGCCAGUGUCGGUGUUUCUGUACGAGGUAGCACAGGGGACAGAGCAGCAAACACAGCUAGCCAAAGCUGCCUUUAAACGCAUGAAGACCCUGCGUCACCCUAACAUCCUGGCCUAUGUGGACGGAUUGGAGACAGAGAAGAGCCUGUACCUGGUUACUGAGCAGGUGACCCCCCUGGCAGUCCACCUGAAGGCCCAGGCAGAGAAGGGUGGAUUCGGGGAACUGGAGGUCUCCUGGGGGCUGCACCAGAUAGUGAAAGCUUUGAGUUUCCUCGUCAACGACUGCCACCUGCUUCAUAACAACUUGGGUGUUUCGGCUGUUUUUGUGGAUCGAGCCGGGGAGUGGAAGCUAGGGGCCCUCGACCAUGUGGCCCCUGAGCAGGGUGACCCUAGUGGGGUCUCACUGCCUGCGCCAAAGGCUGUUUACCCUGACAUGGAGAAAUAUGAACCACCAGAGAUGUCCAAUAGCAGUGGAGAGAAAUGGGCAGGGGAGGUGUGGCGGCUGGGCUGUCUGAUCUGGGAGGUGUUCAACGGGCCACUACCUCGCACGUCCUCCCUUCGUUCACUGGGAAAGAUCCCCAAGGCCCUGGUCCCUCAUUACUGUGAGCUGGUGGGAGCCAACCCCCGAGCUCGGCCGAACCCAGCCCGCUUUCUGCAGAACUGUAGAGCCCCCGGAGGGUUCCUCAGCAACAGCUUUGUGGAGAGCAACCUUUUCCUGGAGGAGAUACAGAUCAAGGAGCCAGCUGAGAAGCAGCAGUUCUUCCAGGAUCUGAGCGACAAUCUGGACUCUUUCCCUGAAGACUUCUGCAAACACAAGGUCCUGCCUCAGCUGCUCACCGCCUUCGAGUUUGGCAAUGCAGGCGCUGUCGUCCUCACGCCGCUCUUCAAGGUGGGGAAAUUCCUGUCAGCAGAAGAGUACCAACAGAAGAUCAUCCCCGUCAUAGUGAAGAUGUUUUCCUCCACAGACAGAGCCAUGAGGAUACGACUGCUGCAGCAGAUGGAGCAGUUCAUUCAGUAUCUGAAUGAGGCCGCAGUCAACUCCCAGAUUUUCCCUCACGUCGUUCACGGCUUCACAGACACAAACCCUGCCAUCAGAGAACAGACUGUUAAGUCCAUGUUGCUGUUGGCUCCCAAGCUGAAUGAGACCAACCUGAACCAGGAGCUGAUGCGUCACUUUGCCCGGCUGCAGGCCAGAGACGAACAAGGCCCGAUCCGGUGCAACACCACCGUCUGCCUGGGCAAAAUUGCUUCCUACCUCAACGCAGGGACUCGACAGCGUGUUCUGAUUUCUGCCUUCUCACGAGCCACUAAAGACCCUUUCCCAGCGUCACGCUCUGCCGGUGUGCUGGGUUUCGCCGCCACACACAACUUCUACAGCAUAACAGAGAUCGCCGCCCGCAUCCUGCCCACCCUCUGUGCCAUUACUGUGGACCCUGAUAAGAGCGUCAGGGACCAGGCAUUCAAAGCCAUCAAGAGUUUCCUUUCCAAGCUGGAGACUGUGUCAGAAGACCCCACCAAACUGGCUGAUAUAGAAAAGGACGUAGCGUCGGGUGCUCAGGCUGCAGGAGCCUCUUCCAGCUGGGCCGGCUGGGCCGUCACCGGCAUGUCCUCGAUAACUUCUAAGCUGAUCCGCAACGCUCCAGGGACAGAGGGAGGUGCAGCAGCAGAGGGCAGCGAGCCCGCCAAUGUCACCACCCUGACCAGUGCUGCUGAUGGAGCACCUGAACCUGGCGCUGAAGAUAAAACUCCACAAGCCUCUGCGACUCACCAUGCUGCCUCUAGUCGUGCCAACCAACCACAGAGUCAUGAAGGAACAGACAACGAUCAUGAGCCAAUAGGAGACCGCUGGGAUGACGAAGAGGACUGGGGAAGUUUGGAGGAGCCGGAGAAAGCUCACACUGAGACGGAUGACUGGAACACUGACUGGUCGGGAAUGGCAUCAUCCAAAAAGAAGGCCAGUGACAGAGGAGUGGGCCGGACCUCUGUGGCGGUGAAAAAGCAGAGCGCAGACUGGAGCAGCUCUGGCUGGGACGCCGAUGACAGCUGGUCCAACGAGAAGGAAGGACAGGGUCAGAGCUCUGCGGGCGAGGAGGGCUGGGGCAAUGACUGGGGAGACGAGGACACAGACACAACUUUGGCCAAUACGACGCUGCCCCUGCCCGAAGGAGUGCGGUUAGCCAGCGAGUACAACUGGGACAGCGGCAGCUCGGCCAAAGGGUCCAGUCAGAACGACCUGUUCGCCAGCGUGUCACAGAGAAACACAGCCGGCACUGCUGCCGCCAUGACUGGUGACGGCUGGGCUGCAGAGGCAACGGGAGACUGGGGAGCGGAGGAGAGCUGGGAGUCAGUGGACGGUAACCAGGGUCUCAGCAAAGCUGAGCUGUCCAAGAAGAAACGGGAAGAGAGGAGGAAAGAGCUGGAGGCAAAACGAGCGGAGCGCAAAGCUGCUAAAGGGCCUCUCAAACUGGGCGCACGCAAGCUGGACUGAUGGGGAUGCAGAGAAAGAUGUGAGGGUGGGGAUGGAGAGCGAGGAACCACGGUGGCUGGACCCGGAGAGCUGGACGGAGGCCCGACAUUCCACAAACAAAGGACCAGAGAGAAGUGGUGAAAAUACUGUGAACAGGUGGAGGAAAACGUUCCUGUUGGUCAGCAGAUGGCUCUCAGCUUUGAGAUUCUCUGUCUGUCUUCAUUCAGGAACUGACAGAAGGGUGAAAAGCAACAAUCCAGCGCUUCAUGGAUGCAUUAUUGUGAAUGGCAGAGCUGAAACAAACACACAGGCUGACCAUUGAAAAAGCAGCACUGAGCAGCGCUCCUUGCCGCCUGAGUUGAUCUAAGUGUCCCCCCUUUUUUUUUUUUUUUUUUUAAAUAUAGCUCAUUAACCUGCAGUUGUAAAGUAAAUGUAUAUAAAAGGUGCAUCUUGUCUUAAAAUGACAUGAAGAAAUGACUUUUUUAAAGAACUGAGAAGUAUAUAUAAGAGAAUAUCAGAAUCAAACAUGCAUUAUGAUACUGAAUGUUUUUCAGUACACACACACACACACACACACACACACACACACACACACAGUGGAUAUGAAUGUUUUAGUUCAGCUGUCACUAACUUACAGACUUAAAAUCACUCCAUGCAUGCCCUGUCGUAUUUGUGUGGCCUAACAAAAACGUGUCAUGGCACAGAUUUUACUUUGCACAUUCAACACAGUAUUUUACCGAACUGAACCGGACAGAUGAAACUGUAAAUGUGUAACACACUCAGCGGACACAUGAUGGAAAUAAGUAGAUAAAUUGAUGCUGGUGAGCUGGUUUCAAGGGAAAAUCAAUUUGUGUUUACAUGCCUUUUUUCCUGUGUGUCCUCGUAGUGCUGUGGUGGAGGUCUAACGAAAUCAAAGGAGUUUUAUUUUGAAAUCCUCUGAAGGAGCCUGUAUAAUCCUGCAGGACGUCAGUCUUUGUUGAAAAGUAUCAGGUGUGGUCUGGGUAAAGGAGUUCCCUAAAAGUUCCUUUUACUCUUUUAUUUGUGCCUUUAUUUAAUUAAAGCGACCUGCUCUGUAGGAUCACAUCCAAGAACCCCAAAGUUACAACUGAAAUUUCCAACCUGAAACAUCUUCCCCCUUUUCAGUGCAACCCCCAGAUCUUCUGUCUGAGUUGAAAAUGCCAUUUUUAGUUUUGGUGUUACAAACCAAACAAGAUGCUGUAAAGAUGCAAUCAGCAGCCAUCACCAUCGGAGCUAAUGUCCAGGUGUGGGUGGUCAGGUAGAGCUGUGUGGACUGAGGAAGACUGGAUGCAACCUUUUACUGAGAGUCCAAAUCUGUAGCAUGUGAGCUGUUCUAAAAAUAAAUACAAGUAAAAUAAA